AUGGCCUCGAUAUCGGCAUCUCUUGCGCGAGCACUUCCGACACCCAAAUAUACCGGUGAAGAGGAAGAGAUUCCACAGCAUGCGCAACAACGAGGACCGCGAAUCGUUGGGCCUGGGACUCUCGAUGACACACAGAUUGUGCUGAAGAGAUCUGGACCUCCACCGUACGGAAAGCGAGCAGGAUGGCGACCGCGAGGACAGGAGGACUUUGGGGACGGCGGAGCCUUCCCUGAGAUACCCGUUGCGCAGUACCCGCUUGAUAUGGGCCGUAAGGCAGGCUCUGCCAGCAACGCGCUCGCUCUACAGGUGACAGCCGAAGGGAAAGUCAAAUACGAUGCCAUUGCGCGGCAAGGACACAGCGACCAGCGCAUAGUGCAUGCGUCUUUCAAGGACCUCAUCCCACUUCGGCAGCGUGCUGAUGCCGGUGACAUCAAUCUGGACCGACCGAGCGAGGAGGAAGUCGCUGCGUCGACGCAGAGGACGAAAGAUGCGCUCGCGAAGCUGGUGAUGGGCGCGGUGGCCGCUCAGAAACCGAAGAACGUCAACGUCGGAUCGAGGAAGGAGCCUACCUAUGUUCGGUAUACGCCUGCGAAUCAGAUGGGGGAUAAUACGCGGAAGAAUGAUCGCAUCAUGAAGAUUGUGGAGAGGCAGCAAGAUCCUAUGGAGCCACCCAAAUUCAAGCACAAGAAGAUUCCUAGAGGACCGCCAAGUCCGCCGGCGCCAGUUAUGCACUCGCCCCCCCGAAAAUUGACAGCUGAGGAUCAGGAAGCUUGGAAGAUCCCACCACCUGUAUCAAACUGGAAGAACCCCAAGGGUUACACUGUUCCGCUGGAUAAGAGAUUGGCUGCAGAUGGAAGGGGGCUGCAGGAUGUGACUAUCAACGACAAAUUUGCUCAAUUUGCAGAAGCGCUAUUUACGGCGGAUAGACAUGCCAGAGAGGAGGUCAAGCAGCGCGCGCAUAUGCAACAACGGUUAGCGGAGAAGGAGAAGGCCCAGAAGGAGGAACAUCUCCGAAUGCUGGCCCAGAAGGCUCGAGAAGAGAGAGCGGGCGUGGGAUCCAGAAGACGAGAUUCAAGAACGUCAAGAUCAAGGUCCGGGAGCUACAGCGACUCUGGAUCUUCAAGAUCUGGAAGUGACGAUGAGGAGGUCCGAGAGCGAGAGAAGAUGCGUGCGGAGAGGCGGAGAGAAGAGGAGCGGAAACUGAGACAGUCACGGAUGGGUGCCGAGCGACGGGUUCAGAUGAUGGCUCGGGAACAGAACCGAGAUAUCUCGGAGAAGGUUGCUCUGGGUCUUGCGAAACCGACGCAGUCCUCGGAAGGAAUGUUCGAUUCUCGCCUGUUCAAUCGAACCAGUGGAUUCGACUCGGGAUUCAACGAAGAUCAAGCCUACGACAAGCCUCUGUUCGCCGCUCAGGAUGCUAUCAGCAGCAUCUAUCGACCUCGUCAAACUAUGGAUGACGACGACGAUGAUGCUGCGGAGGCGGAGAUGGGCAGGAUUCAGAAGACCAAUAGGUUCGGAGAGGCUCUUGGAAAAGGCACGUUCAAGGGCUCUGGAGAUGUUGAGGCACGAGAGGGGCCCGUACAGUUCGAGAAGGACACGGGAGAUGUGUUUAACGUCGAUGAUUUCCUGAGCAAGGUUGGCGAGAGCUCGGGGAAGAGGCAGUAUGGCUUGCAGGAAGACGAGGACCGCGCCGCGAAGCGAGCCAAGGUUGAGGAAGACGACGAUUAA